AUGUCUUUGACUGUGAGGAAGUCAACGCUGACAACUGGAUGCUUAUCACCACCAGAAUCAGUGAAAGGCAUGACGUGUUUGGAUAAGAGUUUAUUCAAUAAAACAAUUUGUGUGCCAUUUGUCGAGAUUGAAGAGCAACUCAUGGAAAGUGCCGUCAAAUGUCUUAAACCAUAUCUACUGAAACUCAAAGACUUUAAUCCUGUGGUGAAUGAGGAGAAGAAACGGAUUGUUAUAUUAAACCCCGAAUUGAUAGCAUCGGUGAGUGAUCUGAUUGGAGACGACACCGAACGCCGACAUGUUUUGCGCGAUUUGUGUCAUAUAAGAGACAUUGGAUGGAGAGAUGUGGACAUGAAGUACGAGAACUACUCGCAUAAGCAAGUGUUGGACGCAGUGCUGCCUAAGGACUCGGACUCCGUCUCGGGUUUCAGUACAAUCGGACACAUACUGCACCUCAACCUCAGACCCCAUACGUUCCCAUACAAGCGAUUGAUAGGACAGGUAUUACUCGACAAAAUCAAGAGCUGUGAACUGGUCGUGAAUAAAGUGAAUUCAAUCGCCAAUGAGUUCCGCAACUUCGAGAUGGAAGUGUUGGCCCAACGGAGCCCUUCCGUCACCACAACCGUCAAGAUUAAGGAAAGCUUUUGUGAGUUUGAGUUUGACUUCGCGAGAGUCUAUUGGAACCCACGGCUGGGCACAGAACACGACAGGAUUCAACUCAAACUCAACAAAGGCGUCGACGUCUUGUACGACGUGUUUGCCGGCGUCGGACCCUUUGCCAUACCGGCCGCCAAACGCCGCAAAUGUCACGUCUUGGCUAACGAUUUGAAUCCCGAGUGCUAUAAAUGGCUGCAACACAACAGUCGACUCAAUGGAGUGGACGAUAGGCUGAGUGUCUACAACCUGGACGGCAGACAAUUCAUACAAACUGUCAUUCGUGACCAUCUCAUCCAUGCGAUCAACACUUUUGAUGGCAUAGAGAGGACCCGUCAGUAUCACAUUGUCAUGAAUUUGCCGUCACUUGCCAUUCAAUUCUUGGACGCAUUCAAAGGACUCUUGCAUUCAAUCGAUACCUCCAGAGACUAUCAAAUCGAUCCAAUCAUUCAUUGCUAUUGUUUUGUAAAAGACGAACCAAAUAAUGGCCCAAAAAUUGUUAAACGUAUGGCUGAAGAGGUGUUGGACCACGAAUUGGACUCAAUUCUAGAAAUCGUUAACAUUAGAAAAGUGGCCCCAAAUAAGGAUAUAUAUGAAAUGAUGGCUAAAAGACACACAAAUAGGGAAUCGACUCAAAAAGUUUGCGAUUUGAGGCUUAAAAGGGCUAAGAAAAUGAAAAGAAACAUUGAAGUGAAAAAAUUGUACCUAAAAACUCAUCAACAAGUGGAGCAACUGGAUCAAACUUUGAAUUCUAUGAUGGGUACCGUUAGGGGCAUACCUACCAAGGCAUAUGAGCCCAAAACUAAUUGCAAUACAAAUGUGAAAACAAUGAGUGAAUCGAAAGCAUCAAAAGUGAACCUGGACAUCGAUGAGACAAUCCACAAAUACAGUAAUACAAUGGAGAAAUUUGGCAAUGAUGUGCAUGUCUUGCAUUGUGUUGAGGCGUCAAUUGAUUGGUCGCACGUGUGUUGUGCCCUUCUGUUGGCGACACACAUCACCACCACUACCACCACCACCACCACCAACAACAACAACAGACAAUGUUGUCGAAUGAUGGAAGAGGUGAUGGUGAUGGUGGUGGUGAACACAGCACCAGUAGGUCACAGUCAAGCGAACACACCAAACAAGAGGUGA